ACUUUUCUAGCCAACGCGGAACCUGUGUGCGGAAAAGAAACGAACUGGGUCAAAUUUCUAACACUAGACCAGGCCAGACCAGCCAUAGGUGUACCUCGCGCUUUCUCCUUUAUCUUUUCUUCAUCUUUCCCUGCGUACGUACACCUAAUUCACCUUUCUCUGAAGUGAUUUGCCGUGUCCGGAACCCUUCUGAUUUCUUGCAAAGUCGGAGGACGGAGACAGACCAUGGCUUCGUCCCUGCUAAACGGCGAGAGGGCAGUUGUUGCGUUAUUCAUUUCCCGUACCCUUUACACAACUCCUCUCGAUCUUCUUUCCGAAGGUCUUUUCCUAUCCCUUCUCUCACUUUUCGCCCUCUUCCUUGAGAUAUUCGCCGAAUCUUCUAGUUCCUUCUCUCAAUUCAAGACCAGGCCGGGAGCAUCAUCAGGGAUUCUUCUUGGAGCAAUUACGCUGCCAAAUGUCAUGAUCUCAAGGUUGAUACAGAGAUCAAGGGCAGUUUCACUAAAUGACAUUGAUGUGGGAGAUCUUGAACAUCUCAGGAUACAAUAUUGGACUGUUACUGCCUGCUGCUUUAGCAUGCUUCUUUUCAUUGCCUUUUCUCUUCGAAAAGUUCCACAAAACCAACAUUCUAUUUCUUCACGUGGAGUUUGGGGUGUGCAAUUCGGCUUAAGCUGGUUAUCAUUAUAUGCUGCAACAUAUUGUGUGUUUUUUGCUGUGAAACUUCAUAAUGAUUCGGCUGUUUGUUCAGAAUUAUUAUGGGUGCUAUUCCAGGGUUUGGCUGCACAGAAAUUACUUCAGCAUGUGCUUUCUACCUUCCCAUUUUGUGCUUCAAUUGGCGAGGCACUAUUGGUGAGUGCUGGUAUUACAAUCUAUUCCGGGGACAUGGUUGCACUUACUCUUGCAAAAAUUAAUGUGCCCCAUUUAUCAACAGGAUUUGUUUUUGUAGGCAAUGGGAUCCUUAGAAGUGAGAUAAGUAUCAUUAUUCAGGGCAUACUACUUGGCCUUCUUCUCUUCCCAGCAUUCUUCAAAUUACUUAUCAAAGUUUGGUAUCAAUUCAGAAGCUUGGAAAACCCUGACGAAAGGGCAUGCCAUGAAAUUGAAAAAUCUGCUAUCUUCUUCACUUCUCUAGCCUUUAUCUUGAUCGUGAUUGUUCCAUCCUGGAUGCAGAUAGUUAAAGAUUUUGACGUGCAUCCUUUCUUAUGGGUGAUUGGUUUUAUAUUCUCUGAACCCCAUAAGAUACUGCCACUGUUCAUGUAUUGGGUUGCAGUUACAUGCAUAUCAGUUGUCCGAUUCUAUAAGAUUUCAAAGAAGGGAACAACUGAGAGGAUUCUCCUCAGAAAAUACUACCACUUGAUGGCUGUUGCAAUGUUCCUUCCCGCACUGAUUUUCCAGCCGAAGUUUCUAGAUCUGGCCUUUGGUGCAGCUUUGGCACUAUUCUUACUUCUUGAAAUCAUUCGAGUAUGGAGAAUCUGGCCUUUGGGACAGCUGGUGCAUCAGUUUAUGAAUGCCUUUACUGAUCAUCGGGAUUCUGAUGUUCUUAUUAUUAGUCAUUUUUCGCUUCUAUUGGGCUGUGCACUUCCUAUCUGGAUGUCUUCUGGGUUCAAUGACCGACCUCUUGCUCCCUUUGCUGGAAUUCUGAGCCUUGGAAUUGGAGAUACAAUGGCAUCCAUGAUUGGCUAUAAAUAUGGUGUCCUCAGAUGGAGCAAAACCGGGAAGAAAACCAUUGAAGGCACUGCAGCUGGCAUAACUUCUGUCUUGGCUGCUUGUUCUGUUCUUAUCCCACUUUUGGCGACAACCGGAUAUAUCUUUACACAGCAAUGGUGUUCUCUAAUCCUUGCGGUAAUCAUCAGUGGUUUGUUGGAAGCAUACACGGCACAGCUUGACAAUGCUUUCAUACCCCUGGUUUUCUACAGCCUUCUUUGUUUAUAGAAGACAAAACCAUAGCUGCACUUGUAAAGAUUAGUUUUAUGAGCACUAUAUUUUUCGGGUAGAUACUGCAUAAAGUUUAGGCCAUAAAAAUUACUACCAGGUAAGAAUAUGACAGUAGAGAGUUACUAAGCUUUUAGUUUUACUGUAGGCAUUUGAUUACAAGAUAGUCAGUAGCCAGUCAGUCACUAGAGAAACACUUUGGGUGGGUUUGUUUUGAGCUUAAAAGUCACAAUAAAUGUGCACACACGCUUGUUUAAGUCCCGACUUCUAAAUAUAAAUGAAUGUACCUAUUUCAAUGAUUUGGUUGAAAUCUUGAUAGGUUGAAUGUAUAUGAAUUUUCUCAUC